AUGAAGAGGCGUUCUUCAGGGUCGGCCGAUGACGGUGACGAAUCCUCUCUCGACUCCGAUAUCCCCGACCCCGACCCGAGUCCUAGCACGCGCCCGUCCGGCUUGAGUUCACGCCCAUCCUCUGCUAGGAGCAGGCGCCCAAGCAGUCUCAAUUGGAAGCAAUCAAAUGGUCGCAAUGGCCGCAACGGCCAUGCUCGCGACGAUCCCUUACCGACGACCGCAAUGACGCAAACCUCACUCGCCGCUCCGUCCACUCCUAAUAUGGCACUCGCCAGGACGCCGCCCCAGUCACCCUCUCCGGCACGCCGUUUUCGUCGCUCCUCGCCCAUCUCCAUUCUCGUCCUCCUUACCUCCGCCCUGGGUAUGGCGCUUCUCUUUGGCAUCCUUCGGUCUCUCGUGACCCGCCAACUCGAUCCAAAAGGUUGUCGCAUGUCCUACAUGCGACCCUCAUACGUGCACUUCUCCGAGUUUGAUACCGAACACACUCGCUUUGCUACCAAAUAUUCCUUGUAUCUAUAUCGCGAACAAGGAGUCGACGAGGAGGACAAGCUUCGUGGAAUCCCCGUCCUCUUCAUUCCUGGCAACGCAGGGAGCUAUAAGCAGGUCCGUCCGAUUGCAUCCGAGGCAGCAAACUUCUUCCAUCACAAUCUUCAGCACGAUAAUGCUGCACUGGACGCCGGAAUUCGGGGCCUCGAUUUCUUUACCGUCGAUUUCAACGAAGACAUUACCGCCUUCCACGGCCAGACCUUGCUGGACCAAGCCGAAUACCUCAACGAAGCUGUUCGGUAUAUCCUCUCUCUCUACUCGGAUCCCCAACGCAAGACUCGAGACGGUCACCUCCCCGAUCCGACCUCAGUAAUCAUACUUGGCCACUCCAUGGGCGGUGUGGUUGCGAGAGCGAUGCUCGUCCAGGCCAAUUACCAAUCGAACUCUAUCAAUACUAUAAUCACCAUGUCUGCGCCCCAUGCCCGUCCUCCUGUUACCUUUGACGGACAGAUUGUGCAGCUUUAUGACGAAAUCAACGACUACUGGAGGCGUGCCUACUCACAGAAGUGGGCAAACAACAACCCAUUGUGGCAUGUCACUCUUGUCUCGAUAGCUGGUGGGGGUCUGGACACAGUUGUGCCCUCAGAUUAUACAAGUCUCGAGUCUCUUGUGCCGCCGACACACGGCUUCACAGCUUUCACGACCGGGAUUCCGACAGUCUGGACAAGCAUGGAUCAUCAAGCAAUACUCUGGUGUGACCAGUUCAGAAAGGUCGUCGCACGAACACUGUAUGACAUCGUUGACGUUCAUCGCGCAUCACAAACGAAACCGCGGGCGGAUAGAAUGAGGGUAUUCAAGAAAAGGUUUUUGACGGGCAUGGAAUCAGCAACAGAGAGGGAUCUUGGUCUGAAGGAAGCAACAACACUUGUCACACUAGAUGACACUUCCAAUUCUAUCCUUCCAUCUGGAGAGCGACUGAUUCUGAAGAAUCUCGGACACCAGUCAACACCCAAGGCGCAUCUGCUUCCAAUCCCCCCACAAGGCUCGCCAGAGUCCAAGCGCUUCACUCUUCUCACCGACGCGCGGCUUGACGAAGCUGGAGAGAGCGGCAAGUUGGAAGUUCUCUUCUGCAACGUCUUCCCUUCCCAUUCGGGACAGGCCAACUCACUGUACUCCUUUCAAAUAGAUCUUUCCGUUGACAAGAGCCACCCAACGACGAGGUUCGCCUGCAAGAACGCUGCUUCAGACUUGAUCCUCCUUCCGGCUUCAACCUCAUGGACACAGAACCCAUUCUACCUCGACAGGGAGCGCGAAAUUUCACCAUUUUCGUAUCUUCAGUAUGACCUGGACCAGGUUUCGGAUCACCAAUUUGUCGCAAUCGUGGAAAAGGCUGCUUCCAGCACACGCAACUUUGUCAUUGCAGAAUUCAGCGAUCAGUCGGCCUUCUUUAAGAAAGAAGACAUUGGCCUUGCAAGGCUCCUCUUGGCCGGAGCGUCAUUGGAACUUCCUGCCGAUCGACCGAUGACUGUGGAAGUCAACAUCCCAUCUCUGCAAUCAGCUCUGCUCGCCUAUAACCUGGAGAUUACAAGCUCUCACUGCAAGCUGGACCACGCCCUCUUCCGCCCGUUAGUGCGACAGUACUUGGACCGGCCAUACGAGUCGAAAUACUUUGUCAAUGCACGGAGCGUGGCCAUCAGUCUUCACGGUGUCGCUCCCUACGUACCACCGCCAUUGCAAUCUCGAUCUGAAAAUGGCCUUACCUUGGAAAUCUGGACCGAUCCAUCCUGUCAUGCAAAUCUCCAACUGAAGAUUAAAGCGGAUCCGUGGGGAAGUUUGGGGAAACUGUACAUGCGGUAUCGCACAGUCUUCGCUGCUUUCCCCCUGCUCACUGUCACAUUGGUAUUGCGGAAGCAGUUUCGUGUAUAUGACAACACCGGCGUCUUCAUUUCCUUCUCUGAAAGCCUGGACAUGUGUCUUCGACAAUCGAUUCCACUCUUGCUUCUCUCGUUGACGCUUCUGUCCACGUCGCUGAGCGGAGCCUCAAUUGCCGGAUUGGGCCGGCUCUUGAACCAAAGCACCGUAACGACGUCAGGUGUCAACUUUCACCAACACGAGAGCUUGAUUGGAACCGAAGACCCGUUCUUCUGGUUCCUGGUCCCCUUGAUCGGCGUCGUCUGCAUUGGAGUUUGCACCGUCCUCCAUUAUUUCAUGCUCGUCUUGACGCAGAGUUUUGGUCUGUUGUACAGCCUAGUCAUUUCACGUGUUCUCUUGGGCGCUGCCGAUGAGCAAGGUCGUACUAGAUCGCCCGCGUUUGUGCCAUCUACACCGAGGCGACGCAUGAUUACGACGGCUGUUCUUUUGUUUUUGGUCUCAACCUUCAUUCCAUACCAGUUCGCCUAUCUCGUGGCGUGUAUUGUACAGCUCUUCAGCGUUGUUCGAGCCCUGCGGAUCAAUGCCACCAUAUCGUCAACCGCCAACUCUAACUAUUAUCACUACGCCCAUUCCAUUCUCCUCCUAAUGCUCUGGAUUCUUCCUAUUAAUCUACCGAUCUUGGCGGUUUGGAUUCGAAACCUGGCGGUUCAUUGGCUCACUCCCUUCUCAUCACACCACAACGUUCUUUCCAUCAUGCCGUUCAUUCUCCUUGUGGAGAACCUGACGACGGGCAAGAUGGUCCCGCAGCUGACUAGUUGGCUGCGACACGUCACUAGCGUCCUGCUCUUUGUGACAGCCUUGUACGCGGCAGUGUAUGGGGUGUCUCAUGCAUAUAUGCUUCACUAUUUGGUAAACAUUAUUGCCGUGUGGUUGGUGGUAGUGCAUUCGACGAGCGACUCUUGGUCCUUCAGCGGUUUUGGCGCCAUAUUUGAAGGCAACACCAAUGAUUCUGAGAAGAGCGGAAAAUCCCCUUGA